UUCCUGUGCGCGGAAGCAAGAGUUGACAACGGUUGGUUAGGCUAUAUCGCUGGACAUCGACUCGCCGACGAGCGCGAAAGAAAUUCCCGGGGAUCAUAUCGGUCUUCUUCCUACGGUUCUUCGUCGGGCACUUUUGAACUUGACGCAGAUGAAGACACUGGAGAUUCAGGCCGACACGAGAACGUACUUGGAGAUAUCAAUCGCGGCUCGGGAUCAAAACGGAAAGCUCGUAUACGCGGACGCCGUGGGCCCUAUCCACAUAUUUCGGAGGCCCGCAAUAGGAUCGCCGACCGCCGUGAACAUUCGUCUCAGCAAUCCACAAACAACAGGCCGGCAACUUUGGGUCCACGAUUCCCCGCUACAGGUAUCAUGCAGAUCGCAUAUCCAGUCCCUUCCUUUCGUCCCUCCCAAACCAUCUGACGCAUCUCCAGACAAGGCUCUUUGCAAGCACUGGCUGUAUAAGAAGGAGUGUAGUAAUGGCGAUCAUUGUGACCUCUCUCAUAUACCUUCUUUCUACAACACUCCGCAUUGCCUGUUCAAUCUUCAAGGCCGGUGCAAUAAGUCACCUUGCGCCUUUGCGCAUGUGGACAUCGAUGCAGCCGCGCCGGUCUGCGAAUCCUUUAGUCGUCUUGGGUACUGCAACCGGGGAGCGGACUGUACCAUGCUUCACGUCUACGAGUGCCCUGAAUUCGCUAACUACGGCACAUGUUCCGCUGGCAACAAGUGCAUAUCCAAGCAUAAGCAGCGCAAUCUUCACCGGAGAAGCCGCCGCAGUUCAUCUGUCAUGAGUUCUCCGGAGAACAGCGGAUACAUGGGUGAUGCUGAGAAUGUCGAGGAAGUCGACUCCUCGGAUGAGCCUCACGCAAUCACCCAGCAACAUGACUACGUACCAUUUGGACGUGGAGACUGA